AUGUCAUCUACACAGUGUUCCACCCAUAAUGAUUCAAUGGAUGGAGAUAGCUCUCACGGAGGCAGAUAAUUAACAUAGAAGUUCUUGAAAGAACUUUUUAAAAAAGAAUGGAAGAUGUAUUAUAGAACACCUGAACUGAACGAAAAACUUUACCUCCAUUACAAAGGUGUUACUAAAAUUGAAGGACUUUAAGAUAAUGUGAAGCUUAGAUCUCUCUAUCUCUAGGAAAAUUUAAUUGAAAAAAUGGAGGGUCUUGAUACUUUGACCGAUCUAUGCUAACUAAAUCUUUCAGAUAAUAUCAUUCAAAAAGUAGAAGGGUUGGCGGCUCUAACUAAGCUAGAGACUAUAUAAUUGAAGAGAAAUAGAAUUGGAAAAGGAUUGAAUUCAGUAAAUAGUUAAUAACCUUAGAUAAUGUCAGAAGAUGAAGCUGGGCAACCGAUUUCAACUUGCAUUGGUGAUCUUGAAGGAUUACUAGAAUGUCCAUCACUAACAGUCCUUGAUAUUUCUGAUAACUAUAUUGAGGAUCCAGCUAUUCUACCUGAAAUUCUUGAGAAAUUACCCAACCUAGCAGUAUUAUAUCUAUAAGGGAAUCCAGUAGUGAAAAAGAUAAGAAAUUACAGAAAGACUCUUAUAGCAAGGAUUCCAACUUUGAAGUAUUUAGAUGAUAGACCAGUGUUUGAUGAAGAUAGAAGAUAUGCUGAAGCAUUUGCAAGAGGAGGUUUAGACGAAGAAAGAAAGGAAAGAGAUAUCCUAAAGCAAGAAAAAGAAGAUGCUCAUUGGAAAAAUCACGAGGCCUUUAGAGAAAUGAUAAGAAAGGCAAGAGAGGAAAAGAAAUAAGCCGAAGAUGAAGCCAAGAAAAAGGUAGAAGAAGAAAUAUUGAAAUAAGAUAACGAAAAGGCUCAGCCGAACUAAGAAGAAUAAAUAUAGCCCGAAGAAUCUAAUGAAGAACUUAAUUAGUCAAUAUAAAAAGCUCCAUCACCAGAGAAGUUUGCUUAAGAGGAGUCUUAACCAGAAAGUAAUAAUAUAGAGUAGGAUAAUAAUGCAAACAAUGAUGAAGAUGAAGAGCCACCAGAACUUGAACAAGUUGAUUUGGAAUUGGAAAGACUAAGAGAACUCGAGUAAACAAAAGAAUAAAAAUAAAAGGAAUGGCUAAAGCAGGUUACCUAUUAAAAUGCAUAAGAUUCAAAAGAGUUAGAUAAGCCUUUCAUUCCCUGGGAUGAUUCUUGUGACUUACCAAAGCCAGAUCUCGAUGCUAUUCAAAAAAGAGUGGAAUUGUUGAAGGAACAAUAGGUGCAUGAAGAGACUCCUUUGAUUGAGCAACAAUAAAGAUAAGAUGAAGUUGGAGUAGAAUUAGAAGUUGAAGCAGAAGCAGAGGAGAGAAGUUAAGAUUUAAUUGUCGGUGAAGAAGAUGAUAAUGACAAUGAGAAGUUGGACUACACAGAUUUAGAUGAACUUGAUUGA